AUGUUCCCGAAGGCAUGGCAUGUCAAUCGGUACCUUGAAACUUAUCGGCAACAGCAUAUCCCCGAGAACACGAUAUUGUUCGGUCGAAAGGUAGUGCAGACACAAAGGUAUGUGGAUGCAACUGGUACAGUCAAAUGGAUCGUCACAUCCCGGGACGAGGACGGCCGGAAUGAUGCCAAAGAGUACGACCACCUCGUGCUCGCAUCUGGCUUCUUCUCUCAGCCACGCCCUUUGCCCUUCAGCCGACCUCGCGUGACGACAGUCCACAGCUCUCGUUAUCGAAUAGCUCAGCAUUUGUUGAACGCUCGCUACUCUCCCAGCAGUGGUGUCAAGCACCGGUACGAGGGCUGCAACAUUGUUCAUGUUUCGCCACGCCCGAUAUACACACUACCUCCAUACCCGCCCGUCGACGAUGAUUCCAAAUCAUUCAUACCAUUGGACUUGAGGCUUUACGACCUGUCGAGGCGUCCUGAAGGGCCGAUCAGGGCGAACGCUGGCCGCGUCACAUCGGCUGUGAGGAACGUCAUUCACGGAGCACUACAAAGCAUGGUCGGUGGAGAUCAGUCAGAUCUUGGAAGUGCUGGACUUGUGAUACCCAAAGGAGACACUCGUGCUGCAGCACAGGCCGCCAUAAGCGAGAGCUAUCCUGAGUUUGUACGCAGUGGAAUUAUUGAUGUUGUGCCUGGUAGAGUGAUUGCUCUUGAGGAUACCGAGGAGGGACAUGUGACUGCUCGCGUGCAGAGCGCAGCAGGUGAAGGAAUCGGCGCGGUGAUCUAUGCUACAGGCUAUGCACCCGCCUCGGCAGUCGACUUUCUGCCCGAAGAUGUAAAGCAAGAAUUGCACUACGACUCCAGCAGUGAUCGCCUACCCAUCAUCCUAUCCGGCUGGCAGACAAUGGUAGAAUCCGUACCUGAUCUUGCUAUUCUCGGGUUCUACGAAGGACCCUUCUGGCCGAUUGUCGAGAUGCAAGCUCGACUGACGGCAGAUCGAUGGCUUUCGAAGAGAAGCGUGACUCGUAGGCCUUACGAAGAGACAGAAAAGCUCUUGGACCUUCGCAAGGCGAUGCACGAGCGAGCAUUUGAUGUACCACAAUACUGGUUCGGAGACUACGCCGGUUUCAUGGAGGAGAUGGCAUCGCAUCUCCAACUUCAUCGCAACGACGGACCUUUCAGCAAGCGUGAGGGUAUCGUCUCACCAGCACGCUACCUAUCCACCGACUCAGAUGUAACGCAAGCGGUAGCAAUCAUGCAAGACCUCCACGAGACCUGGCACGCCUGUCGAGACCAAGGUCGAUAUGUUCCUCGCGCUACGUUCCGAGCAUUGCAAGGUGAUUGGGACAUCCAUCGCACAAUCAAGAGCGCCCUCCCUAGCUUUCCAUCUGGAGUCCUGGACGGAACGGCGAGUUUCCACCCUCGAGCUCCGACCAAAGACAAAACUGGGAUGACGUUCGAUCUGGAGUAUCUAUACAUCGAGUCCGGGACUCUCGUGCUCUCCAACGGUGCCUCCAUGACCGCGAGAAGAAGAUACGUCUACCGCUACUCCGAAGCAAAGGACACGUUGAGCGUGUGGUUCGUCAAGCCGGACAACAACCUGGAAGUAGACUAUCCAUUCCACGAUCUGGAGUUCGUCAAGCCAGCCGAGGCGGCGAAGGAGGGCGCCUGCGUCGCCAAAGCCGAUCAUCUCUGUGUUGACGAUAUGUACUGGACGCAAUACCGGUUCCCAUUCAAGGGGAUAUCCUUGCUGAAGUUUGAAAAUACGCAUACUGUGCGAGGGCCGAACAAGGACUAUGUCGCGACGACAAGCUUCCGGCGGGCGGUGAAGCACUCUGGAUAG